AGUCGAAAAUGAACUGGGGGACCUUUUAUGCCGUGAUCAGCGGCGUAAACAGACACUCUACCGGCAUCGGACGCAUUUGGCUCUCGGUCAUCUUCAUCUUCCGUAUCCUGGUCCUGGUUGUUGCUGCUGAGAGUGUUUGGGGAGAUGAGAAGUCUGGCUUCACCUGCAACACCCAACAGCCCGGCUGCAACAGUGUGUGUUAUGACCAGUUCUUCCCCAUCUCGCACAUCCGCCUGUGGGCGCUCCAGCUCAUCCUGGUCUCCACCCCCGCCCUGCUGGUGGCCAUGCACGUGGCCCACCGACGCCACAUCGACAAGAAGAUCCUGAGGAGGACGGGCCGUGGCAGCCCCAAGGAGCUGGAACACAUCAAGAACCAGAAGUUUCAGAUCACCGGAGCUCUGUGGUGGACAUACAUGAUCAGUAUCAUCUUCAGAAUAAUCUUCGAGGCGGCUUUUCUCUACAUCUUCUACUUGAUCUAUCCUGACUUUAAGAUGGUGCGUUUAGUGAAGUGUGACUCGUACCCUUGCCCCAACACGGUGGACUGUUUUGUCUCCAGGCCGACAGAGAAGACCAUAUUCACUGUGUUCAUGCUGGCAGUGUCUGGGGUGUGUGUGCUGCUCAAUCUGGCCGAGGUGGUGUACCUCAUAGGCAGGGCCUGCAAACGGUGCUUUCGAGGCUCUGAAGAUGAGUCCAAAGUAGCUUGGAUAAGUCAAAGAUUGUCUUCGUAUAGGCAAAAUGAAAUCAAUCAGCUGAUAGCAGACCAUCCUCUCAAGUCUAAGUUCACUGUGACCAAAAAGAGCCCAGUUGAGAAGGGUGAGAGGUGUUCCGCUUUCUGAGACUCCAUUUACCGUUUCCUUUUCCCUUUUAAACUAAUCAACAAUAAUCACACUGGCCAAGGUCCAAUGGAGCAUCUUGACUGGCAUUAAUGUCACAUAUACUGUAUAUUUGAUCAAUGUCAGCAUCCACAUUUAGACCAUUUAUUUAUGUUAUGUAUCAUUCAAUUGCUUAUUGAUUCAUCUGUUUUUUUUGUUUUUGUUUUUUUUACUGACACAAGUGUUAGUUGCUGUUAGAACUUAUCUAAACUAUUUGGAGCCAGUAGUGAAGGUUAAAGGACAACACCAAUGUUUUUGCAUGUUUUAGCUCAUUUACUACAACACAAACAUAAUUGUCGUUAUUGACGACCAUUAGCCAAAGCUUACCUUCAUUUGUCAGAUUUUUGUCUGUAUUUUCUGCCUUCGAAGCAGCUUUCAUUCAUUUCAUUAUUCAAACCAGGACUAUGAGGAUCAUGCAACCAUUAAUUUUGGUCAAGGUUGCGUUGUUGUUGUGCGACAGUUCACUUUAAAGUGUGGAUUUCAUUAAAUCCUACAGGUGUGGCAGGUUUGUGUUCUGAUCAAAAGCCCAUCCUAUUUUAAGGAUGUUGUAUUAAGUCAUGCCAUACUAAAAUUAAAGGAAAGGCUGACAGCCUGAAGACCCCAGAAAAUUCCAAAAUGUAAAAAACUGUUAAAAGAUAAACUUUGGAAAGUGCUUAGUAGUAAGUAAAUGUGACUUCUAGUAAAUCAGACAAAAUGUGCUAAAAAAAAUAAAAGACCGGUUCGGGUUUGAAAAGAGGCAGAGAUUACUGUAGAGAUAAAAAUGCUGGAUAAGAGAGUCAACUUUUUCAUUUAGAUAAAAAAUAAUGCUACUAUGUAUCAUAUUUAAUCCAGUCUGAAUCAAAGCUAGAGCAAAGUAAUGGAGAAAAAGGUAUUAAUGUGAUUGAAAUGAAUUGUAGGAACAGUACCGAUUCUUUAAACCAGUGGCAGAAUGCUUGGAUUAUAGUGAACUCAGUUGUCAUUGAUUAUGCUAAACUUUGGGCUGACAGCUAUAACUCUUACAUAAUUUGGCAUUCUGCAAUGGAAAUAUCAUAAUAGUUGGUGCUAGAAAACCAAAGAGAGUCUUAAAUAUUGUCCAGUUAUGGACAACUGUCAUUGGAUAUUAUAUUGCCAAUGUAACAUGGAGAGAAAAUAGAUUUUAAAUGAAAUUUUCCCUCAAACAUUUGUACAUCCUGACUUUUUAACACUUGAUAUCUUUUACCCCAGUUGCAUACUUAGAAUGAUCUACAUCCAAAAAGUAAGGUAAAGUCAGGCCCUCACUUUGACAUGUCACUAAA